AUGGCUGGUAUGCUCAACGCAUCCACAUCGUAUGAGCAGCGAAGUGUUAUUCGUUUUCUAUGGAGCAAGGGACGAACGCCCAUUGAGAUCCAUAGGGAAAUGCAGCCAACGUAUUGGGACAAAUGUCUCGCUUUGAGAAGUGUGUGGUGGUGGUGUUGUGAGUUCACUAAUGGCCAGGAAGACCUUAGUGACAUUGAGCGGUCGGGCCACCCUCGCACCUCGCUCACACUGGACAACAUUGCCCGCGUGGAUGCAAUGGUGAAUGCAGAUCGGCGUGUGCACCUGAAAGUCAUUUCCAAGGAGCUUGGCAGUUCGCAAGGCAGCGUUUACGGUUCCUUGGGGUAUCACAAGGUUUCAUGUCAGUGGGUGCCUAAGCUAAUGGAUGAUCUGAACAAGGCCAAGAGAAUGAUGACAUCACUGUAA